GACCGUGGUCCGGGCUAUAGUAUAAUCCUUUGGUUCCUCCUCCCUCAGGGUCAAUUGGUCACCGGGCGAGCGGCUGCGUUUCUUAUCACUUUUCGCGCUCCUCGGAUUUAUUCCCCGUCGAUCAGUAUGCCUCUGGUCAAGCACCGCAAAGUAGUGAUGCUCGGAUACCCCUCUGUCGGUAAAUCUUCUUUGGCUCGUCAGUUUGUCACAGGAGACUUCACUGCACAAUAUGAACCAACCAUUGAAAACACUUGGAGCAAAACCUUUGUACUGGGCAAUGAUGAAUUUGAGUUGGAUGUGGUGGACACAUCAGGACAAGAUGAAUAUUCUCUGCUUCCUCAGUCCUUUAUUUUUGGCAUACAUGGAUACAUUGUUGUCUAUUCUGUGGCUUGUACAAGAAGCUUUCAGAUUGCCAGUGGAUUACACAGAGUACUUACAGAUAGAAGAGGGAAGUGCCUCAUGCCUAUUGUCCUUGUGGGGAAUAAAAAUGACCUUCCCGCCCACAGUCGUCAAGUGAAAACAGAAGAUGGUAAGAAGCUAGCAGACUCCUGGGGAGCUGCUUUUAUGGAAGCUUCUGCUAAAGAUCCAGAGAUCAGCAAACAGAUUUUCACCAAAAUUAUUGAGGAAAUUGACCGUGUGGAGAACUCCUUCACUGAGGAGAAGAAAUGCAGGCUGAUGUGAAAUUCUGCUGCAGCACCACAGCCUCUGUCUCAGGAUAAGAGCUACUGGCUGUCUUGCAUUUAACUUUGCCACAUUCUGUGCGGGGAGCAAUGCACCUAUCAAUGCAGUCCCUCUGGAGUUGGCAGGGGUUCACACAUGCAAAGUGUUUCCACUGCCUGUCCAGUCCCUUUCCCUGUAUUUUAUAAGCUGGUCUGCUUCAUGCCACUUUGCGGUCUUGCGCUGCCCUAAACUGGCACAGACUGAUACUGUAUGGCUUGAAUAUGUACCUGUUAAUCAGUUUGCACAAACUUACAGCAACGUUGUUGCUGUAUGUACUGGUUUCUUUGUGUGUAUUGUGUUUAUUUUUAUAUUUUUCUGUAUUACAUAAUCUGUUAAUGAUUUCUAUUUAUGUUAAUGUGUAAGUGUGGGCAUGGGCAGCUAACAUAACUAUUUAUGUAUAUAUUUUCACUUAUGCCUUCUUUCAUAAUAAGAACUGUAAUAUUGUAGUAUAACUCUUAAAUGUGAAUGGGGUGGGACAAGUUCCUCCUCGUUUGUGGUAAUGUUUCAAUUUUGUAUUGACCCUGGAAAUGCUGCAGUUUCUCUAACCCUUUAAUAAGGGGGCAAUGGUUGAACAUAAAUUGUUUACAUUUACAGCACUUGGAUUCAGGUCUCUCAGUGCUGAAUUGUUUUAUAUAAAUGCAAAGUCUUGGACUAUACUUGAUUACAUGUUGGUGUGCCUUUUUAUGAUUAUUGUGGCCAGUGAUUGUAUGGUCAGUGAGCCCAAUUCAAAUAGGGUCUAAUGUAAUUAUGUAACUUUAUUUUUUUUUUUUACUAUUAUUAUUUUGGCACAUCCAUAUUUAUGAGUUGUUUUUUGUAAGUUGUGCCUCACUAGAAGAUUAAAUAAAGCUUUUUGGUUUUUUUUUUUUUUUUUUUUUUUCCCCUGCUGAAAUCAAUUAUUGCUGUAGCCUAUUUCAGUUUUACAGUUUUAUGUUUGUUCUGUUGCAUAAAGAUAUAACUGGAACACGCUUGGUUUUCUAUUCAGAUGAGCUGGGUUGUACUCUAUAACAGAAAUUGUGGCAGAUUUACACUUUCUGCUUUGAAUGGUCAGAGCUGGCACUGACCGCUGGCUUGUACACAAAUUAAAAUUCAGCGUGUGUAAUAAAUAUAUAAAAUAUAUAA